AGCAUGUGGACCAAUGCCGUGGUGCACUUUUGGAAAGGACGCAAUUCAGACCGCGCGAUUCUGGAAAAGGCUGCGAGCCUCGGCGCGCGAUUCCCACAACACGCGGUUUUUUGUACCCACGGCAUUCUUGCCACCACCGUCAUCGUGUUGUGGGCCGACCACGUGCAGAAAAAAAUGGACUUGCUCGCCAAAUUUGCUCGUCGCGACUAUACCCAGACAAACUCAAAAGGCGACGAGGAUCAAGACAGCGGGACAGAGAAGAAACCUUACGGUGAAGUGGCAGUGAUGGCCCAAGUCACAGGCGUGAUGCCAGUUUCUGUCCCGCCAGUAGGCGAAAGAGGAAAUCGAAAUCAAGCAGGUCAGACACUGAGUGCAACAACUAUUUUCGACAGUAGAACUGCGCUCGAGCGGUAUGUGCUGGAUGACAACCACUUCGAGAGUUCAGCCACACCUGAGGAAGAUCGGAAACGGAUAGCCAGGGCGAUAAUACCCCGGCGACGCUCCAGAUCACAUCGGAUCGCGCGGUCGUUAAUGGGAAUAUUAAGCACUACAAGCGGCAGUGCGGAAGACACAGACUUCUACUUCACGAGAGCCAGAAGUCGUGCCGCCACGAAUUCGAACCACUCCACCCAGACGCCAGCACUUGAGGAAAACGGGAAACACGAAAUUGAUCAACAAAAUGAUACCGCCGCACCCUCCUGGUCGGCCGACAAAGUGCUUUCAGCGCUUCAGGACAAGUUUUUGCCCGACUUCCAGCUUCGGUUUUCCUGUGUGAAGUUCGCAAAGCCCGAUGCCAUCCGCCGGGUCUGUAGGGCAAACCUACUCCAUCUCCUCUCGAAGGAGCGCGAUACCUGCUUCGAUGUUAUCAGCCCGAGCAGGUGGGGGCUCGCUGCCUCUGACCUCUCGGCCGUCGCAGACCUGCUAGUUGAGGAGGAGGAAACGUUAAGUGUCUGGCAACAGGUCUUUAACGGGACGUCGUCUACCUCAGCAGUAGAAAAGAAAGACCCCUCCUCGCCCACGGCUACCAGUACUAGUACCAGCACCGACGAGAGUGAAGCUGUUAGAGACGCAAAAACAAAAGAAGUAGAAGACAAUCAAGACACAGACACUGAAAGUACAACAGAAAGAGCAUCAGCUUCGAACACAAUGGAAGCAGCUACGACAACCUUUUCAUCAGAAGACGAUCCUCCUGCUUUUAUUGUCAACGGGGAAGUCAUUACUGCAGCCAAUGCUGCAACAGAUGAGGACAUGGAAAAGGAAGGGACUCUCGACCAAGAAUUGCAACUCUUCUACGACGUGCUGCUGCUGCACGGCCGAGGCCGAGACCACAACGCGGCCCGUGAUAGCUCCCCUCCCUCCGAUGAAAGUAGUAGCAAUAGAAAUGCGGACGAGCAGCAUGAUCAUGAAAUUCGAACCAUUUUUGAACGCGAACGCAUUUCCUCAAUAAAUGACCGGACGGUCUACGAUAUGAUGGACAGACUCGAGAGCGAAUUGUUUCAACACAGCCGUUCUUUUCGCGCGGUUCCACGUGCAGCCGAAGGUAAGGAAUCCCCUCCUGCACCGAUCGACGCGGAAAAUGCGGCCAGUAGUGCUUUCGCGCUCGCAUCCGAAGAUGAAGCCUCCAAUGCAUUGCGUCCAGUAACUCUCUUCCAGCCGCACAAAUCUGCGAUAGAAAAGGAAACGCAAACGCCCGCCUUUGACUACAAUCAGCCCAAACUACUGGCUCCCGGCCUGCUGAGCGCAGCAAAUCUCCGCGGCCUCUCGGUGAAAGAGAUUUUUGCACACAGCCACUUCGUGCCCCCGCAGGGACUGACGCUUGAACAGCGCCAACAGCACACCCUCCGUGUUUGCAACGUGGGAAUGCACUUUUCCUUGGCACAAGAGGCGUCGUACAUGCUGGAGAACCACGUAGCGCUGGAUCUUCUCCAGUACAAAGCGGUCGAAACGGUGUACGAAAUCUACGACCCGGCACACUGCGGCAAGGGUAAAACCAGCGGCGGCGACGCGUGCUCCUCCAACACUAAAGAUGCGGUCGGUAUUGCCGCCCUGAUGGGCGAGGUUAGCGCCGAGGAUCACGCACAGAUCGGAGAGCCAGGGUACCGCCCCACGCGGCGCUUCAUGGAAGUGGUGGGCGAGCUGCGGAUCGAGGAGUUCUUCGAGUUCGCCGAGCGGGCCGCGGCGCACUGGGAGCAGUACCAGAUGGAGAAGAAGGAGAAAAAGUUCGACCUUCUCAUUUGCUCCAGUCCCGCGAUCCUCUGCUCCGUGUUCGCGCACGACGAGCAACUGGCCAUCAUCGCUUACAUCGGCGAGCCCCUGCUUUCCGGUAUCACGGGGAAGCGCGAGCGAGAGUGGUGGUUCCGGAAGUUUCGCGAGAUGACGCUGCAGCGGCCGCGCACGUUAUGGCGUUCUCAAACGUUACAUUCUCAACUGUUACAUGAAUUUGUCAUGCAAAAACACUAUCACUCUCAACACGAUCAAGCCUUCUCCGAAUGACAACUUCUCGACGCGCUAGAUAGCAUUAUAAUCUGCUCCAAACCUGUAAUGCAAAAGGCGCAACGUUUUCCCUUUCACUUUUGCCAUUCUUGCAUUACACAGUUGAGAAUGUAACGUUUGAGAACGCCAUACACGUUCGUCGCGGCCUACAACCCCUACAAGGCACACAUGAUCCGGUACCAAACCGGGCUCUACAUGCCCAUCAUCCGGUAUGGGAGUGUCAGGUUUGAAAUCGACAAAGUUGAAAUAAUUUGUCAUGCAUAAAAUGGAUGCCAGUUAGACCUGCAGUUUGUAGUCGGUGCAUGACAAAUUUUCCCGGUCCUGCAAGCGAGUCUGUAUUGCGGUUUAGGGCAAAAGAGCUGCCUUCUGUCAUGCUAGUCAGCAGUCCAACUUUUGACCCUUACCAGGACUAUAAUCUGCCUCCCGUGCGUCCUCUGCAAUAGAGUCACGACUUUGUGUAUUGCAUUUUAUACGAUGACAAAUUAUUUCAACUUUGACGAUUUCAACUCUGACACAUCCAUAUCCGGGCUUUCGGGAAGCACACUGGUGCCGUGUGGUCCAACCCGCUCAACGAGGUGAAAAGUCGCCUGCGGGCCGUGGUGGCACCAGCCAGCCGAUCUGUUUUCGAGCAGCUAGUAGCUCGUGCAGGUAGUUUACUAGGACAACAACAUCAUCUACCAGUCGAUAAUCUUCGGGAAAAGAAGUGCGAGUGGGGGCCCGAUGGCGAAGAGAUCACACCGGAAAAAGAGGUGCUCCAGGUGCACAUUCUGCUCAACAAGGGCCCCUUUAGUUGCGUGGAUACCGCCAGCUUGCUGAAUCAGCUCACGUACUACACGGAGGAUACAGUUACAAGUUCACCUGAUACUUCUGUUCCUGCUGACUCGCGCGACGAAAAAACUACGACGUCAACUACACAAAGGACGUCGAUUUCAAGUAGUACCAAACAAGAUCAAGAAUCCCCUUUCGAGGACAAUGCACUAGGUUCAGUGCUCCCUGAGGUACCGAUAAAGAGGGCGAACGAAAAAAAAACCUGCAAGUGGUCUUCUUCUUCCUCCGCAGGAGACGGCGCCGGACGGCUCCCAGACAUACCAAGCGUGAAGCUUAUUUUUAGCGACGUCCGGAACCAGCGGCCCCGCCUCUCGUACGAGGAGAUGGCGCGGAAGUUUUUCGCAGUGGUGUUUUACCCUUACGACGUCGCGCUCAUGAUGUACUACGAGCUCUACAGCAUGGGCAUCCCGAUCUUUGUCCCCGUUCGCGAACACCUUCGCUUCUUCCUCUUCCGUGGCAUUCACAGUUUGCACAAGCGACGGCACUUCAUCGACGAGAAGACCCUGAACGGUACCCACCUGUACCCCCCAAACACGUCGCCCUUUUUCCACUGGGGGGACAUGACGCAGACAGAGGAGGCCGCUGCCAAGUUUUUCAGAAAUGACGCUGAAUACUGGAGCGUGUUGUUUUCGGACUACAGCCGCGACCCGCACCUCUUCCGGUUUUCCAGCAGUGCCGACCUGUUUGUGCAAUUGCAAAAGUUGACGCGCAGCGAUAUGGCCAGCGCCCGGGACGGAAACGGCAGCGGGAGUCCGAUCGAAGCGAAAACUAGACGAAUGCGGAAAUUUACAGACCGCGAGUUCGUAAAGGCGGUAGCGAAGUGGCGCGAUGCCCUUGUUACGGAGUUGGCGCUCUAGUAGUUACAGCUGAAGCACAGGUCAUAUUCGUCUUAAUACUGUAGAUAGUAGUUCUCGCGCAGAACCAGAACGAGCUGGCAGGACUCUAUUUCUGAUUGAUCGAUUUCGAUUGUUUCUUGGUGCUGCUGCUAUGUGGAACAGGAGUCACAAGCCCAACAACAUGCAUGCAACGCCUCUACAUAAGUAGACGAAUCCAUGAUCUAGAUCUUAAUCUUAUAUAUACUUGUUCUUUGUCAUGAUCUGUACACCACCUCACAUGUUUGGAACACACAAUAAACAUAUGAUGAAACGCUCUGCCAU